AUGUCGAAAGCACUAAAUCGUAACAAGCUUGGCCAGCAUAGUGUUUUCCAUUUCCGGGGUAUACUCUCUCAUUUGAUGAUGGUCAACGGUGAUCCUUCUUCAGUGAUAGUAUGGGAUUACAUUUUCUCUCUGAAGGAUGAUCAAAUGUCACUUAAAACGGUGUACGCGGAAAACAAAGUCGUGGCUAGAGAACAUGUUGAGGCUUUGGAUCGACAGUCUAUGAAUUACUUUGGGCCCAAGUAUAUCAAGCGCUUGACGACUAGUCCGAAUGAAGACGAAGUUGUUAGUGUUCGCCAGGCUAUCUCAAGGUAUGGUUCGGCAGUAGGAAUUGUUUUCAGACCAGAAUUGGAGUGGCGCCAAAGCUCAAUGAUACAUCAAAUUGAUAUCCUUUUUCCAUCGCGUGACGCUAUAGAAAUGCUUGUCGAUAUUUACUUUUCACGAUGUUUACCGGGGAGCUGUUGUAUCUCAAAGCAAAGGUUUCAAAAAAGCUAUAGAGCUUUAUUAAUCUCUGAUACGGGAUAUAAGCAACCGGAAGAGUUGAAGAUUCUCAAUGUAUCUACAAAGAAAGAUAUAGCCACGCUUGCGACACUCAUAAUAGUACUUCGAUUUGCCUUUUUGUCGCUUACAAACCCUUUUGGUGGUGAAAGUGUCAGAACGGAUAUGAACAAGGCUGAAAUUGACGAUCUAUCUCAGAAUCCAAUAUGUCUCGAUUUGAUCAACUGUGCAGAUAGAAUCCUUCGUGAACUAGAUAUUUCUGUCGAUAUUUGUGAUGAGACCAUGCAAGCAAUGUUUCUUUUCUUUCUCUACCGUCUUACCUCGCCUGAGAGUGACAUUCACUCAUCGGAUCGGGAUAUCCGAACUUGUUUUAGGCUGGUCGUUCAAAUGGCGCAGUCGCUCAAUUAUAAUGAGGAUCCGAGAAACAUACGAGAAUGGAUGGGAGUACGAGAGCAGGAUGAGACAUUGGAACACUAUCGAAGAACGUUCUGGUAUUACUUGGUAACACUUGAUGCUUACCUUGCAAUAUUAUUUGGUGACUCUCCUGCUAUACAAUCCAAUGCCUUCAAUACCGCUCUACCUAUUCUCGGUGCUGAAAUUCCCCAGGAAUUGGUUUCGAUCCUGAAAACAAUUCAUGACACCUGGCCAGUUAUGUGCUUGCUUAAGACUCUAUGCAAUAUGGCCACAAUAGGAUCUGAAACACCACUUCAUAAAGUUGAACAAAAGAUAGAAGAAUUGGAGAACGUUUCUAUGAGGUUGCUUGGUAAUGCCGAGGACUACUUAACUCUCGUAACAGGACAAGUUGAUACCGACAAACUCUUCAAGUUCAUUUGUUUUGUGCAUGUCAGAUGUCUACUUCUGAGCUAUUAUUAUUCGUUGUAUGUGUAUUUUGAGUCAGCGGGAAAUUGCGAUAAAAGUGUUAGAUAUAUUUUGAAGCUUUUCAAAACUACGCUUAAUGAUUUGGCAAUCUUUCAAGCCGGGCUACUUCAAAUGAGUGACAAAUUUUUCGGCAGCGGAUCAUGGAUGUCACUUCUUCUACCGUCUAUUGCGUGCAACAAGUUGAGGAUGAUCACGAUUCAGUUUAGACUAAGAAUGGGUUGUACCAUUGAGCAACUUACAAAAGAUAACCAACUUCAAAAUUUGCGGAAGAUCAAAGUCCUUUUGGGGACGAUAGAAGACAUUGACAUUGUGGAAGAUAAAAUCAUGCAUUUCGUGGACAUUUUAAGCAAAGUCCUGCAAUGUUCAUGGUUCGACUGCAAGGCCUUUAAAUUCGGACGCAGGCUAUCGCGUAACAAAGAAGUUUGGGAAAGGAUUCCGCAACUCUUUAACGAAGCGUUUCUUCGGUGUUCUUCAGACACGAUUGAAAGUCUCGAAUGGACAGUGAAAGAAGCGAAGAGUACUUUCUGUUUAUAUGAACAACUUUACCUUCGCUUGCAUUGUGGAGAAGCAGAAGCUCUACUACUGGAAAGUCCCACGGUAAAGUUGAUGGACUAUGUGCAGCUUGACAAGAUGUGGGAGCUGUUGAGAAUUCUCGAGAAAUACUUUGCAGAGAAGGACUUGAAAUGGAAGUUGUCACAAACCAGCCUAGUAGACUCUGGCUCAGAUGACCUAUGGGAAGCGGACUUGGAGGUCCUUUGGAACUUCGAAGGUCCACUAUUACUAGAGAACAUGGAUAAAUAG